UUGAAAUUACAGUCUUUGAAUACGCAAAGGCUGAAGGUUGUUCAAGCUAAAGCUAUGCAAUAGCUUUGAACAUAGCCACGCCUUAAACAUUUCAAAUACGUCAAAGUCCGCUCACCUUCUCCGGUAUUGGGCGCAAAAUAAGUCCGCACAAGGCCGCAGGUUUUCCGGAGAGCUAUCCGCACAAAACUAAAAAUAAAUUGGCUUACAAUUAUAUUAACUUUUUCUUCGUGACUAUCUUUACGUACAAUGUUAAAAAUAAAAAGCUUAGACCAUCUUGUACUCACAGUAGUAUCAAUUCCUAGAACUCUUGAGUUUUAUGAAAGAGUUCUUGGAAUGGAACCUUUGCAAUUCGUGUCACCCAUUGAUCCUACUACGACGAGGCAUGCGCUAAAGUUCGGCCGCACGAAAAUUAAUUUGCAUUCGGCUGACAAGCCGUUUAAACCGCAUGCUUUGAAUCCAUUAAGUGGAACUGCUGACCUUUGUUUCUUACUUGAUGAUUCUAAUUCUGGAGUUUCGGAUAUUGAAGGAGUUUUACAACAUUUUAAAGAAUUGAAUGUACCAAUUGAAUUGGGACCAGUAAAAAGAACUGGAGCAAACGGAACAAUUGAUAGUGUUUACAUAAGAGAUCCUGAUGAGAAUCUAAUCGAGAUAUCAAAAUAUUUAUAGUAUUAGUUAUAUAAUGCAGACGUUGUAUAUUCUUUUGAAUGCU